GUCAGAAUCCAAUCUUCCCUGAGCUGCUGCGGCGCUGACUGUCUGCCGAGUACCGUGCUCGUGUGACACUGGCGAGGACGGAUACGCUAAGAAAACUAGCCGGAACGUGGGAAUCUCAAACAUUGAAGCGUGUGCCUCUAUGAUCCUGCCACAGCCACACAUACCCCACCCUACUUGCAUUAGAUUUAAGUCAUGGCAGAGCCAAACAGGCCUCAGCGGAAGAUGUCCACAACGGGGGACAGUUUGUACAAGGUACUAGGCCUGGAGAAAGGGGCAUCUGCGGAGGACAUCAAAAGAGCUUACAGGAAACUUGCACUGAAGUAUCACCCGGACAAGAACCCCGACAACCCGGAGGCAGCCGAGAAAUUCAAAGAGAUCAACAACGCCAACUCCAUCCUGAACGAUGAGACCAAGCGGAAGAUCUAUGACGAAUACGGCUCCAUGGGGCUCUACGUCUCGGAGCAGUUCGGGGAGGAGAGCGUCAAAUACUACUUCCUCAUGUCCAAGUGGUGGUUCAAGACGCUGGUGCUGUGCUGUGCGGUCUUCUCCUGCUGCUGCUGCUGCUGUUGCUGCUGUUUCUGCUGUGGCAAGUGCAAGCCUCCCGAGGACGAUGAGAACUACCAGUACGUGGACCCCGAGGACCUGGAGGCGCAGAUCAAGGCCGACCAGGAAGCAGGUCCAAACGCGCCCAUCGUAAUCCAACCGCAUUCCACCGCCAGCUCCUCCGGGCCCACCCACACUGCAGCCAGCCCAAUCAGCAACAAGUCCCCGCAGUAAGCCCUUCCCACAGGCCAGAGACUGUGAGACCCUGGACAGCUCCCCUGUGGCCGUGUGUCAUCAGCAUCCGGGCAGCUAACAGUGCGCCCCCCUCCCCUCCCCUGUCCUCCCCCCAACGCUAUGGUUAAUUUUGAUUGUGAAUGAGGCCAGAUAUCUUUUGUCAACAUGUGGGGACACUACAUUCACCUCCAUGCAGAGUGGCUGUGGCCAUCAGACUGACUUGUCAGCUCUGCAGUAGGAGUAUAUGAGCCUGCCCCAAGACCCUGAGGUCACCGACACUGGAUCAGAGGAUGUGAAGGUUCCUGAAUGUGCAUGUGUCUGGUACCUGCAUGCUGCUGCCGCUGCACACACCCAGCCCUCUCUCACACACACACAAACACACAUACAUGCAUACAUACAAGCGUGCAGAGGCACACAGA